UUCAAAGUCUCUAUGGGGAGGAGUUAUGACUGAAAGCUUGUUGAAAUGUAACAGAAUUCAUGUGUCUUGAUGUACAGAAGUAGACAUGUUCUUUAGCAUCUCUCUCCUUGUAAUUUCUGUCACCCCUUUGUGUGGGGCUUUGGAGAGUGGUAUUAUUGGAGGAAAUGAAGUGAAACCACACUCCCGACCCUACAUGGUGUCUGUUCAAAUAAACAAUAAACACAUGUGUGGUGGAUUUCUAAUUCGACAUGAUUAUGUGCUGACUGCAGCCCACUGUGUAGAUGACAUUGAAUACUCUGAAAAGGACAAGCUGCAUGUAGUACUGGGAGCUCACAACAUCAGUAAAGCGGAAACCCAACAGCAGAGAAUCCCAGUGAAGAAAUACAUCAAGCAUCCCUGUUACAAGAGGAAUGAACGUCCAAAUGACAUUGUGCUACUGAAGCUGAGGUCCAACGCCAAGCUGAACAAGGACGUAAAGGUUGCUGUUCUUCCAAAAAAGAAUGAGAACCUUCCAGCCAAUCAGAUAUGUUCAAUAGCUGGCUGGGGCAAAACAAGUCAGAACAGUGCUGCAUCAAGUGUCCUAAGAGAAGUGAUGCUCAAAGUACAGUUUAACUUUGAGUGCAGAAAAAUAUGGAAUGACAGAUUUUACACUGAUAGCAUGAUCUGCACUGCUGCUAAUGGGAAAAAAGCUUUUUGUCAGGGUGAUUCAGGAAGUCCUCUUAUCUGUGGCAAUGUACCAGAAGGAAUAGCUGCAUAUACCUUUAAAAAUAAUUGCUUAGACCGCAAUUAUCCAGAGGUGUAUAUGAAGAUUUCCUACUUUAUUCCAUGGAUUAAACAAGUAAUAGGCUAGAGCUUGACCGAAGUAUUUUUUAAUAUUUUAACUUGAGAUAUUAGAAAACACAGACCACAAAUCUAUACUUAUCUUCUCAGUUUAAUGUAAAAAAAAAAAAAAAAUCUGAUUUUAUGCAUAAUUGGAAUUCAGCAAAUAAAAUAAUAAACAGUUCCAUACUGAUCCUCAAGUUUCAGCAUGCUCCACAAGGCCCCCAGAUCUUUGGAAAACUUCUUCAUGAGUCAGGUGCUAGGUGGCUUUAGUUUUUUAUCUUCUCCUCAUGUGAGUUUUUAGUGAGGACGUGUGCAUUUUACAUUUAAUCUGUUGUAUUAGUGCCAUCUUCAGGACUACUUGGGAAAAACAUUUUAGAAAUUAGUAUAAGGGGAAAAUGCUUGACUGAGAGAGGUAGUAAAUUGUUGGAGUUUCCAAAUCAGAUAUAAAGAGAGACUUAAAAGUAUCCUAUACAGAAGCACAGCUGUGACUGUAUCAGUAUUGAAGAGUACCAAAAAAUGUACUAAUACUUGGCCUGAAAAUGCUAUGAAUAUAUCCCUAAUUUAUACUAUUACAAUAAUCAGCCCAAAGCAGUGAUAGUGACCCUGGCAUGUAUUUUCAUAAUAAUAAAUGAUUUAAACAAAAAGA